AUGCUCCCCCGCGCCUCCCUCUCCGGCUUCCUCCCCCGCCGCGUCUUCUCCCUUACUGCUACCAGAAUGGCCUCCACCUCCGCAACCCCCGUUGAGGAUCUCAUUCGGGAGAAGCUUACAACCGCCUUCACUCCCUCCACCCUCAUCAUCCGCAAUGAUUCGCAUCUACACGCACAUCAUAACGCCAUGCGCGGAUCGACUUCGAAAGAGACCCAUUUCCAUGUGACGAUCACAUCUCCCUCGUUCCAGUCGAAGCCCCAGCCUGCGCGCCAUCGUAUGGUCUAUGGUUUGUUGAAGGAGGAGAUGAGUCGCGAGGGUGGCAUCCAUGCGCUGCAGUUGCGGACAAAGACGCCGGAGGAGGAACAGCGGGAGGAGGAGAGGAAGGCGGCGAAGGCUUGA